AUGUCGUCAAAUACAACUAUGGGAACACUUGCGUCGCAAAUAACUUCUGAUGAAGCUGCAACAAUUCAUCGGCGAGCAACAGAGAAAUGUCAAAUUGUGUUAGAAACAUUGUACGAUUCCUACAACGGUUAUAAACAAUGUGGUGAAAAUUGUGAAGAUGUAACAUUGAAAUCACUGUUUCAACGAAUUGCUGCGAGUCGUGCUGAUUUGAUUGUUCAGUUAUCAAAUGCUAUCCAAGUUGAUUUAAGUGCUCAACCAAUAAAAUCAGGUUCAGCUAUUGCAGCAGCUCAUCGAACAUGGAUUGAUGUUAAAGUAUGGUUUACCGAUGGUCGAGAUAAAUCAGUUAUCAUCACUGAAGUUCAUCGUGGCGAGCAAAUUUUAAUCCAAUUUUACGAAGCAACUUUAGAAGAUCAAAAUAUUCUACCCAAAGUUCGUGAUCUUCUCGAAGAACAACUUACAAAAGUCAAAGAACAAAAUUUAUCUAUUGAUACUAUCUAA